CCGCAGUCGGUUUAGCUAUCGAAGUGCGAGGUUGGAGGCCGCACUUUUUUUUCGAAUCCGGUUCCCCACUGGGGUCAUGCCUCUCACCGCCUGAAAGAAGUCGCUAGAAUAGUCGCGGAGCACCGGAAGUAUAAUCUGAGGAUGUACCACUGCCUACGAUCCGUCAAGAACAGGUUCACGUUCAAAUUGGCGACUGCACUAGAGUGUGAGACAUGAGACGAUGGAGUGAGAAGAGGUCAAGUGAUCGGGCCAAAGUCGCGUAAGAAGACCUUAGCGGAGACUAGCGGAGACUAUAGCUAUACACUUCCUUUGGUAGUGACGAAAUAUUGCGCGCGCUUUACGGCCACCCAUCAUGUCCUUGUCCCCAUCUGCGGUAACAUCAAACAUCUCAGAUAUCCCAUCUAAACGGCGCAGGACACACAGUCUUAUCGCACAAAGCAGCAACAACAAUCAUCAAGACAUGAGCCAAUCUCCUGCGGAUACAGCCCAUUCGUCACAACCGCCGCAAGCCGCCGCACACAUACCCAAGAGAGGCGCAAGAGCUUGUACUGCUUGCAGGAAAGGUAAAAACAGAUGUGAAGGAGAGGCUCCUUGUCGUCGAUGUCAGUUGAGUGGAACUGCUUGUGUUUUCGAAAAACCAGAGAAGAAAAAUGCAAAUGCCAUGCCUGGCGCCAGUGUUAUGCAGAGUCAGAUGAUUGGCAUGCAAUCCUCCUUGGACCGUAUCUUGUCCACCGUUCAGAGCCAGGCCUACGGUACUCAGCACCAAGGUCGCGAUGGCUCUGGAUUUAUGUCGCGGAACGGAUAUGAUGCGCACGGACAUGUAGGAGGGCAAAGCUCCCAGCCACGCUCCCAAACGAGAUCAUUCCCGCCACUUCCGGGAUUCGCUCCACCGCCUCACAAAUAUGCAACUUAUGGUAUUGUGCCCAGCACUACACCAUCGUCAGAUGACGAGUCUGAGGAAACGCUGCCUCGUGCCUCGCUCAACGCGCCUAUUGAAGCUCUUCAAGGUUUGGCAAAUGCUGCCGCAGAAGCAGCCGCUGCGCCAUCCGCGUCCCCACCAAGGGUCAAAAAGCGCCCGCGGGUGGAGCCCAUUCCCCGGAAUGCAUUCCCGCACGUCAUUGAAAAGGGCCUUGUCUCUGAAAACGAGGCGCGGGAACUCUAUCAUAUUUUCUUCGCUGGUUGUCACGUCUUCAUACCUUUGUUCGAUCCGAAUUAUGACACAUUCGAGAGCUUGAUGGAACGCACUCCGUGGACGUUUGACGCGAUACUUGCUAUUGCAAGCAAGAUCAGGAGUGGCAAUGGGCCGCUCAGCCCAACGUUCUACAAGUGUCUAGAAGAAGCGCAGGGCAUUUCCCGUUCGUCAUUAUUUGGCCCGGUAGUGAGGAAGGAAGCUGUUAUGGGGAUGCUACUUUUAGCUGCAUGGAGUACGAAUGGAUGGCUCCCUAGUGGCCACGCAAUGCGGAUGGCGUUAGAUCUUGGUCUUCACCGAGCAUUGGAGAAGCUCGCUGAUGACUCAGGGAAAAACCGCACUGAGGAAGAGGAACGUGACCUGGUCGUGUCGGCGCGUAUUUGGCUAUGCCUGUACUGGUUUGAUCACCAGAUGAGUCUUGGCACUGGUCGCCCUAUUGUACUGCGAGAUGAAAGCUCCAUUCGACACUGUCGUAUUCUUUUGUCGCAUCCAAUGGCAUCACCAACGGAUGUAAGGCUGAUCUCGCAAGUGGAGCUUAUUGCUCAAAAAACCCAAAUCUACGAAACUCUCGCGCCCCUCAAUGGACAGGUUAAUCACAAUACGCUUGCCUUUAUCCGGCGUGCAAACGUUGCACUCGACAAGUGGUGGCAAGACUGCGACAAUCUUCAUCGCCAGACGAUGGACGAGAAUUCUCUUCCGAGAAAAAUACUCGUCGGAGAAUUACAUUAUGCUAAACUCUGGCUCGUCUGCGUAGCUCUUCGAGGUGUAUCGUGGGAUAAGAUGCCUUUUGAGCAACGUGAACUUGCGUUCCAGGCGAAGGAUGCUGCUUUUAACUGCCUUUCUAUCUUCCUCAACUCUGCUGAGUACCGUGCGGCCUUGAGAUAUGCAGUCCAUGACAGUCUCGUAACGGCGGCAUUUUCUGGCCUCUUCCUGCUCAAGAUGGCAAACUUGUUUCCUGCCGAGCUUGACCUCGCCGCGAUCACAGCGCAAGUCGAGCAGCUCGCACAGCUCCUCUCUGAUGUUGCAGCCGAACGCUAUGCCCUAACGCUACGUAUAAUGCUUGCCAAUCUCCGGCGCAAAGUUGGGAUGAUUGCGGGGCUGAGCGCGCCUAUGACCACCAUGCCCCCGCCGACCUUGAACGAUGGAAUUGUUGCACACGGCUCAGGGCCUUACAUUGAUCAAUCAGGACCUGCACCUUUCACAAUGGAGGAACUGGGCCUUGCAUGGCCAAACGAGCGUAUCACAUUCAGCCCAAGCGCGAUACCUAUGUGGUUGCAGGAGAAGAACCUGACGGACCUGGGGCUACCUGUAAAUGGGAGCGAUGGAAUAUUCAUGGAUGUCAAUGGCAUGCAUGGCUGGAGUGGAGACUUUGCACCAAUGCCAGGGGCAUGGUGAGGACGCGAUUGUACAUAUGGCAGCGACGAUUCCGCGCGCUGAGGGCUGGUAAUAUGCACCAUUUUUGUCUGAUAUUAUAUUUAUCCGUCGGUCUUCCUUGCUCGCUUUGCUUGUUUGUGUCCCGCUUUUACCUGUUCAUGCUUUUUUUCUUACAUCAGUAUCGAUAA